CAAUUGAUACACUACUCGAGGCUUUGAGCCAGUAAAAUUAGGUUCAAUUGCAAGCUUUUCAACAUAUAACAUCACAGUUUGCAUGGAAAUAAGUAAUUAUGUUACAUAUAGUGAAGAGUUGAACACUGAAAUCAUAAUCUUAUCUUACCGAACAGUUUUUCGAGUGACAUGGCACCCCGUGAUUCUGGUUCGGCGGCCAUUUUAAUCUGAACAUAAAUUUCGCAUAGCAGUUGGGUUUAAUCAAAUCAUAUAAUUAUACGGAUCUAAGAUUCUUUUUAGCAUACUUAUACCGAAGUUUGAGACUCGCAAUAAAAACUGUGACCUAUAUUUUAUGAUUCGACGCAAUAUUCACAAGAACAAGAAGAAGUUGAGAAGUUGAAAAUGAGUCCCAAGGUGGAAUUUAGUUCAAAGAAAACAGGAUGUUGCGCAACAAAUAAGUGUCUGAUAUUUCUAUUUUUUGUGGUGGCAUUGGGAAUUACGGCUCUGAUAGUUGUGGCACUAUUGGCCAUGAAUGUUCGAGGACGAUUUCCACCAGAUCAAAAAUGGUGGCAGAAAACCAUUGUGUAUCAGAUUUAUCCGAGGUCGUUCCAGGAUUCCGACGGAGACGGCGUCGGUGAUUUAAAUGGUAUCAUUUCAAGGUUGGAUUAUUUCAACUAUCUGGGGGUGAAUGCUAUCUGGAUUAGUCCAAUCUAUGAAUCCCCUAUGAAAGAUUUUGGUUAUGAUAUUUCUAAUUUCACCAAGGUUGAUCCCAUGUUUGGUUCUAUGGAAAACAUGAAAACACUGAUUAAAGAAGCCCAUGCUAGAAAUUUAAGAGUUAUAUUGGAUUUUGUACCAAAUCAUUCGAGUAACAAACAUCCAUGGUUUAUAAAGAGUGAACAACGUCAAGAUCCAUACACGGAUUUUUAUAUCUGGCAGGAUACAGCACCAAAUAACUGGCACAGUGUGUUUGGUGGUUCAACUUGGGCAUGGAGUGACGUCAGAAAACAAUAUUACUAUCACGCCUUUCUACCCGAACAACCAGACUUAAAUUAUAGAAACCCUGCAGUCAGAGAUGAAAUGAAGAAGGUGGUGGAUUUUUGGGCCAGAACGGGUAUCGAUGGUUUACGAGUGGACGCCAUUAUUAACCUGUUUGAAUCUACUAAUGUAUCGUUAAAUGAACCACCAACUAACUUACCUGACGUCACUUCCGAACAAUGGGAAUAUUACGAACACCUGUAUACGGCCAACUUACCUGAGAUUAACGACGCUAUACGGGAAUGGAGUGAUGUAUUAAGAAAGUACGAUAAUAGUGACGACGAUACUGAUAAUUCUAAAUUUAUGGUUGUGGAAAUCUAUGCUGUGCCAUCUAUUAGAAAUGCUUAUUAUACAAACGGUGCUGACAUGCCGUUUAACAUGGAUCUAGUUGAGGGGAGUUAUCCCAGCUGUAACGCUUCUUGUAUCAAGAAACUAGUGGAAACAGAAUACAACACUUUACCGGAAGGAAAAUGGCCAAAUUUUGUGAUGGGCAACCAUGACAGAUCUAGACUAACAUCUAAACGUGGUAUAACUAUUUCCGGUAAAACAUACACCAAUGUUUUGAAUAUGUUGUUAUUAACACUGAGAGGUACACCAACCUGUUACUAUGGUGAUGAACUUGGUAUGGCAGAUGUAGAUACAAUAUCAUUUAAAGAUACCCAAGAUCCGUAUGGAAAACAUUUUGGAGAGUCUGCAUACAAGAACUUUUCGAGAGAUCCAGAAAGAACACCAAUGCAGUGGGAUAGUGGUCCACAGGCUGGUUUUACUAAUUCUUCUCAUCCAUGGCUUCCUCUCAAUCAAAAUCAUACUUUUAUAAAUGUACAGUACGAAAAAAACGCCACCCAUAUAACACCACUGAAGGUGUACAGAGCCUUAGCAACGUUACGGCAGGAACCAGCUUUUCUUUACGGCAGUUUUGACUUCCGGUACACUGACGAUAACGUCAUUUCCUACGUCAGAUCCGCUUCCGGUUACUCUUCAUACCUGGUGGUUAUUAACGUGGGUACCGAGACUGGAACGAUUGAUUUUAAAACACCAUAUGAUUACCACGAAGGAACUGUUAAAGUGAGCACAGGAAAUUUCGACCAUGAAGAUUAUACACUUGAUUCUACAAUAAAACUAGAUAAAAUUAUACUACAACCAGCCGAAGGCCUUGUGAUAUUGUUACCAUAAAUAGAUUGUUUAACAGCUGUGAAAUGAAUUUAUUGUAACCACAUACUAUCAUUUAUAUUCUACAUAUAUGACAAAAUUAUUGACAAGCGUCUUAGCCCUUGACCGGUCUUUGUCGACUAUAGUCGCCAUAACGUUAUAAAACUAAGUGGUCACCGUCAACCGCAGUAAAAACCUUUAUUAUGAAUGGCAUUUGAGUAUUUAGUUUCGUAUUUAAUCGAUAUGUCUACGUAUGCGUGUCAGACAAGAAGUUGUCUUGUCAAGGGCAUUGAGAAAACCAUGUCUUUGUUCAACAUUUUUUGGGAAAAAAACGUAAUUUUUUUUUAACUAUGUCGAGAAUGUUAAAGACUCCCAAAGUCAAAGUAGUUGAAAUGCUUAUGAAUGAUUCCGACUCGGAUUAUAUCGAUGACACCGAUUCUGAAGACGAAAUUUCUGAUGAAAAUGAUUUUAAAAAAAAAUACGAGAGACAACGUGCAAAUUAUAGAUCAACUUAUCCCCUUCAACUUUUUUAUUGGUGUCAAGAGUCUAUAACUUAUAAGUAGGCCUAGUCUUUUGAAAUAGGCAUACAAAAUAUUUCACUUCAGCCUUUAUUUAGCCUGACAACUUGACGUCAUGACGUCAAAAUGACGUAGUUUGGUUAAGAGCUAAAUGAGUGAAAAGGUAGCGAAAAAGUACUUUAAAAAAAAAAGUUUUGUUACCAGAUAUUUUGCUUUGGCUGUAGCGUCGGGUAGGCCGAAUAGGAGAAGUCUGACCACUCGGCAAUAUACAAUACCCAAUAUUUAAACUACAUAUAUAUUUGUAAAAAUAAUGCAGAAAGUUCUUACUUCGUCCAGUAAACAAAGGCACUGGUGAGAUAUAGACCCAUAUACGUCAUGAAAACACGUGACGUAUGAGGAAGGCUUUACUUUUUUUUAAAUAAAUAUUGUCAGAAUAUUCCUUUGCAUAUAGCUAUGUACAAACACAAUCUGAUUAAAAUACAGAUCUAUAUUUCGUUUCGUUUCUUUUUUAUACUUUCGAUGACCUACACUUCAUGAAGAUCUGACCGGUUCUAGUGAAAGAUCGCUUCAGGUGUCAUGCGAGCGGUUUUUUACUUAUGACGUCAGACAUUGAUUAAUCAAUCAGUAUUGACGUUUCUAGGAGUUUACCCGCAGUUCCGUUCAGAGCACGCCAAGAACUCGCCGUAACAGACCGUUUCAUUGGGUAAUCCCUCACAUCACCCAGAACGCCUGUUAUAUAACAACUCUUCCAGAUCCUAGUGUAGUAAAGACAAGUAAAACAAAAUUUUGAACAAUAAAAAACGAAACGAAAUAGGAUCUGUGUUUUAACCAGAUUGUUUACAAACUAUAUAUAUACAAGCCUAUAGAUCUUUAUUAAAUGGAUUGCAUCGUAAAACAAUAGUUUUUUUCUAUUCUAACGUGUAAACGCCUUUUUUUGUAGAAACUUAAAUAAAAGAUUAUGUGAUCAAGAAAAAAAAAUUAUAACCUCAAACAGGUAUUAUGUAAGAGCUAUAUCUGCUCGCAGAUCUUUUUUCUUGCUUCAAAAGACAUAAAUUUAUUCAAAUGGCAAAACCAUAAUCAGCUCUCUAGACUAUCUGAUAUCCGCCAUUAAUUCGUUAAAUGAUAAUAUUCGUGCUACCUACAGAGACUGUUGAUUGAGGGAGAGAAAAUCUGGACAUCUUUUAUUAUCAUGACAUUGGUACUUUAAAAUCAAGCAUAUGAACUGCCACUUGGCUAAUUUAAACUAUUUUUUUUUUGCCCAAUCAUCAAACAUUCAUAAGUUCGCCCACAAUAAAGUAAUUGGUCAGGAAUUUCAAAAUAUUUAUUUUUUAUUAUUUUUUUUAAAACUAUUAUAGCGAGAACUAUCAGCUUUUUUUUCAUCUAAAUCUUACAUAAUGUAUCUUUAAAAUAACUAUUAUAGCAAGAACGUCCAGCUCUUAAUCUAAAUCUUACAUAAUGUAUCUGUAAUAUUCUGCGUAUGUUAGAUCUGUGUAUAUCUUACAAUUCGUUGAAAAUAUAUUUUUAUAUUAGAGUGUAAGAGAUUUAUUAAUAAAUGAG